UUAUAGCACCAUACAAACUGGGCUCCAGUCCACAACUGAUGUCACACUACAUAUAAGAGCUGUGGCCAUAACCUGGAACCUCCUGUUUGUGGAUAGAACUGGUAACCAUCUUCAACUUCAGAUCACACUUUAAGGAACCAUACACUUACCUCCGCAGCUACUUGCAGCCAUGGCAUUCCAGCCAACUGUGAUCAACUCACAGCCUCAGGUCACAGUCACACAGUACACUGUGUCCUCUGGAUCAUCAGAAUGGAGUUCAAAUGUGUGCGAUUGCUGUGAAGACUGCGGCAUCUGUCUUUGUGCAACAUUUGUUCCUUGUAUCCUGGCCUGUAAGGUGGCUCAGGAUAGCGAUGAGAGCUGCUGUUUGCCCUUUCUGCCCGGCGCCAUGAUUGCUUUAAGGACAAGUAUCCGCAACAGAUACCGCAUUGGAGGCUCAGUGUGUGAUGACUGGGUAGUCAUGGCAUGUCUGCCGCUGUGUGGACUGUGUCAAAUGGCACGGGAGCAGAAGACGAGAGGAUGAAAACAAUGGACAAAGGAAGAUGAUAUGUGGAAAUUUGACACUUUACACAAUUUCUGGUUAUGAAAUAAAACUUUUACAUUUAUUGGCAUGGCCAUAAUUAGAUAUGUAAUUGCCUAAAAAGUAAGAAUAACAGCCUGAUAAUCAAACUUAGCUGCCAAUUUAUUUUGUUUCUUAUCAUAUUCUGUUAUUGUAUACUCGUGAAGAAUUCAAGAGGUUUAUUGUCAUAUGCACAGAAAACUAGACAGCUACACUGUACAGUAAAAUUCUUGCUUUGCUGAUCCUUCCUUAACCAAUUGUAUACAAUGUAGAAAAAAAUGUUAUAUAUACUUAUAUAUAAAUACAUUAUAUUCAUAUUUUAAAAUAUUUGAAAUGUGAGCAGCAUGUUAGAGACUUGGAACCAGGCUAAAUAUUUGAGAUCUUUCAUCAUAGGUUAAACAGCGACACACUGUGUUGAAACUGUGUUUAUGCAAGGAACCAAUAAAAAAAAAAUAAAUAAAUAACUGAAGAAGGAACUGCUGAGGUUUACAGCAACAAUGACUUUUCUUGUACAGUAAAUCAACAAGUCAAUAGUGAUGAACUCACACAAUGAAAUACUGUUUUUUCAUACAAUAUAAUUGAGUAAUAUGUGUGUGUUAUGUAUGCAUGUAAUAUUCUGUAAAAGUCUCAUAGAUGUUUAACUGACUGAUGUCAAUUCACUCAAGCGACAGUAUUUCAGUAAAACCACAUUCAAUUGUUGUGCUGAGAACUUUUUCAACUUUUUCAAAAUGCCUGGGCUGCAAAAAAACAUUAAAAUGAGAAGUAUGGGUUGAA